UUGAGCGAUUCAGUCCGAUUUGGUGAACCGGUUCGACCGGUUCACUAAAAAGAACCAGUUCAAAUGAACGAUUCGUUCACGAACCGGACAUCACUAGUGGAAUUUGGCAAUUCAUGAACUGAUGGCAUUCAUUUCAAUUCUGUUUGUAAGAGCAAUCAUGUGGUGCCAUUGUGGAUUGCUGGUCAGAAAGCUUUCUGGUGCCAGUAAUCAAAGAGACAGUGCCCUGAGAUAGAUUCAUUUCAAUUAUGCAACAUUAAUUAUUAUCAAAUAUGUUCUCCUGGAGUGAAACUCUCAGCACAGUUCUUGUUGAAGCUGUUCCCUACCAAGGUUCGUUGUCCAUUCACACAGUAUAUCGCAACCAAGCCAGACAAAUUUGGGAUCAAGUUCUGGAUGGCCACGGAUUUGGAGACCAAAUAUGUCUGCAAUGCAUCUCCUUACUUGGGAAAGGACCCCAGUCGUCAGAAGGGAGAGAGGCUGGCAGAGAACGUGGUCAUGAAUCUGAUUGAGCCAUUUUUGGAUGAUGGGAGAAAUGUCACGACGGACAAUUUCUUACUUAACUGUCACUGUCGCACAGUCUGCUGCAGCGCAAAACAACGCUACUGGGCACGCCGAAUAAAGUCCGGCAUGAACUUCCUCAACUUGCAAAAGACACUGCACGGCGAGAGGUAUUCUCCACUUCAGUGCGUAGAAGUGACAGUGUCUGCUUGACAAUUUAUGCACCUAAAAAAAACAAGACUGUGUGUUCUAAGUUCCAUGCACCCAGACAAUAGAUCGGUGACGGCAGAAAGAGGAAACCAAACACAAUAACGGACUAUAACCACAUGAAGUGUGGUGUAGACGUGUUGGACUAAAUGGCACGGAUGUAUUCCGUAAGAGCAGCAACACGCAGGUGGCCAGUAACGUUUUUUUACAAUAUGCUGGACCUGGCGGUGGUGAAUGCCUACAUUUUGCACAUUUGGCAUGUACAGGGUGGACAUUUAAAGAAGAUUGUUUCUGAGUCUUCUAGCUAGGGGACUUCGUUGCCGAUUCAUGCAGCACAGAGGUUUGGCCUCUGAGCUAUUCUGUGUAAACAAAUGCAAAUGUGCCAGGCCUCACAGGUAAUGGGUGUGUUUGCACAACAAAAGCAGGAGAACAAUGGAGCUGAAGGCCUGUGAAAAUCUCAGCAGGGGUGCUACUAGGUGUUAGGUCCAGGGAAUUUAUGUGAAUUUGCACAGGUUUAGUAAAUCUAGUUUAAUUCUGCAGUCCGCACUGGCAUUAGCACAAAGCAUGAGAGUAAGCCUGUCUUUCAUAGGCUUAUGACCAGGCAAAGACUUUUCCUCCUUAAUGAUGUACAUUCUAUUUGGCAUUUUUUUCCAUUUUAUUUUAACAGGGUUGAAAGAUCUAUACAUUUGGCAGCACUUGGAGCUUUUCUAUAACCCAGGAGCUUCUAUUUCCUUGCUUUUCAAUCUGCUACCAGUUUGAUGCCUUUUACGUUCUAAUUUAACAUCACCAUGAGUUUUUUUGAGAGCAAAAUAAAUAAAAUGACUGAUGUGAAAUCUGAUCUGUGACUAACAACAUUUUCCUGGUGAAUUUUAAUUUCUGUUUUCACAGAACACAUCUGAAGAACACUUGUAAGGUCCAAGCAAAUUUACAGACCAUGGCCAGUGAAGAUUCUGAUGUAAAAGCAGCAAUAAAGGCCUCAGGAGAGUCUGAUAUAAACAAUGCAACUAAAAAGGCUCUCAAAAUGGUUGAUCAAUUGCUUAAUGUCACACUUCAUAUUGCUGUAAUUGGAGAGUCAGGAACAGGAAAGUCAACAUUCAUCAAUGCAUAUAGAGGGCUGAAUGAUGAUGAUGAAGGUGCAGCUAAAACUGGAACUACUGAAACCACAACUGAACCACAAUGUUUUGAUCAUCCCACACUGCCCAAUGUGAAAAUCUGGGAUUUACCAGGAAUUGGAACACCAACAUUUACAGCUAAGAAUUAUUUAAAAAACGUGCCAUUGAAAAAGUAUGAUGUCUUCAUCAUCAUCUCAUCAGAGAGGUUUAAACAGAACGACAUCUUGUUGGCCAAAGAGAUAAAAAAACAAAACAAACUAUUUUACUUUGUUAGAUCUAAGAUAGACAAUGAUGUUCAAGCAGAAGGGAAAAAAAAGAGUUUCAACGAAGAAGAAUGUCUCUCACGAAUCAGAAGAAACUGCAUUGAAAACUUGAAGGAGUUUGAAAAUGUGAAAGUCUUCCUAAUCUCCUCUCUGGAUCUUCAAAAAUUUGAUUUUGAAAAGCUUAUUGAAACCCUGACCUCAGAUCUUCCGAGAAUAAACAACUUGCUCUACUGCAGUCAGCACCAGUCACCUCUGUGGCUAUGCUGAAGAAAAAAGUGGUAAUGUUUGAGAAAGCAGCAUGGGCUGCAGCCAUCUGUUCUGGAGCCAUUGCAAUAGUUCCAGUUACUGGUCUAUCACUGGCAUGUGAUUCUAGCAUUUUAGUGAGUUUUUUA